AUGAAUUCAACAGCAUCAAGCUUCCAAAAGUCUGAUCUAACUCAUGAUCAUGCAUUUGAGCAGAAACCCAACUCCUCCUACUACUUGGAAGAACUAAUUCCUAAUUCAGGAGCAUUAGCAUGGGAACAAGAAGAGAUGAUGCUAUUUGGUGGCACCCCUGUUGCUCCAGAAUACGGUGCAUUGCUUCCCUUUGAUUGUACUAACUUGGAUGACUUUUAUCAAGCAUGCCCUGUGCAGAACACUAAUCAUGUUCCAGUAUUUAAUGAAUUUGAGGCCGUGUGGAACGAAUUUGGGCUCCAGUCCAAUAACGUUAACCAACCAUUUCUGGAGGAAAACAAAGCUUUGGUUGAUAUUAAGCCAGUGAUCAACGUGGCAGGGGAAACUGAAUUCCAUCAUCACCAAGACGUUUAUGGUGAAUUUGGGUUUUUGGGUAAUGAAAUUAGCCAGCCUUUUUACAAGGAAGAAACUGGCAGUGUUGUGGAUGUGAAACCCCUGAUGAUGGUGGCGGGAGGAACAAUAAUUGACCAUCAUUAUGAUUCUGCGGUGAAGGUGGAGAACAGCAGGAAUUGGAGCUUAGCGGAGUUCUCGGAGGAUAAUUUCUCCGGUGGAAGGCGGAUGAAAUCAUCCGGGCUGCUUCAGUUUGAUGACAUUCGUAAGUAUUUUGACGUCCCUAUCACGAAAGCGGCUAAGGAAUUGGGAGUUGGACUGACUGUGCUGAAGAAAAGAUGCAGGGAAUUGAACAUCAUGAGGUGGCCUCACCGCAAGAUCAAGAGCUUGAAUUUCUUGAUUCAGAACGCUAAGGAAUUGGGAUUCACUGAGGAGGUUGGAAUGCUGGAAGAGCACAAGAGAAUGCUGCGUAGAAUUCCAGAGAUGGAACUCACUGACAAAACCAAGAAGCUCCGCCAGGCCUGCUUCAAAGCCAACUACAAGAAGAGAAGAGCACUUGCCAUUAUGGCUGCUGCCCCUUGCUAAUUUACUUGAGUCUCUCCUAGGCUUGAAAUUCCCCAUUAGGUACUGUCUCACCAUCUAGUAUUUCAAGCAUUUAGGCUAUUUCUGGGAGC